CAAAAACACAAACUGAUUUAAUUACAAGGAAUUAAAGAAAUAAUUAAAAUACGUAGUUUAAAAAAAUUACAAGAACUCUAGAUGUCAAAGACUGAUUUUCAGCUGAUUUUAACUGCAUGCUUUCCCAUUACCCAUAACAAACAAGGCAAUUAGUUCUUGUUUUUCGAUUUGGAGUAAACAAAAAAAUAAUAAUAAAUAAUGCCAAAAUGAUUGAAAUUCAAGCAAAAUUGGUGCGUGCAGACUCUGCAAUUUAUGCCACGGGCGAGUGCGUCGAGUGUUUAAUUGAAUUCACGCACAAGCUCUUUGCCGAGGAACAGCAAAAGACGACAGAUCGAAACGCCAACGCCGCAAGUGUGGAGAACCUGGCCUGGGCCUCGGUCCAGCUGCAUUGCUAUCGAAAGACCAGCUAUAGCACGCCCGCGGGCGACAAGACGGCGGAGCUGGCCGAGCUCAUUGGACGCACUGCGCUGGAUGCCGUCACCCAGACGCCCGGCGAGGUCAUUGUGGCCACCAAGCCGAAGAUUCUGUUUUGCGAUCUCAAGCUGCUGCCUGGCGAGACCAAGAUGUAUUUCUUCAACGAGUUUGUGCCGCGGGAUGGGCCGCCCACGUAUCGUGGCCACGACAUACGCUACUUUUACAAAAUCACCAUUGCCACGCAGCGUGUGAAGUCCAAGGUGCAAACGCUGACCGUGCCGAUCCGUGUGCUGCCGAUACCGUUGAUAGCGCGACCGGACGAGCUGCCGGUUACGGUGGAGACUAACGAGGAGCUGGCGCCAACCAAUCCGUUUCUGGAGAAGCGCGAGAUAAGCGAAUUGGAAAUAUCCUGGCAUCACCUGAAGAAUGUGACCGCACGGCGUGCUCCCAAGUUCUAUCGGAUUUCGAACAAGCGCGGCUUUGUUGGACGCUUCUGCCUGUUCAAGCCCGCGUACAAGCUGGGCGAGGACAUUGUGGGAAGCCUGGAUUUUGGCAAUUGCCAGGUGCGUUGCGUGCAGUUCUCUGUGAAGCUGCAACAACAGGAGCUGCCCAUACGCCCGCAGCUGGAGCCAAUGCAGGCACACGCCUGCGAUGAUGCUUCCUCGCUGAAUUCCUUCGAUAUGGCCAGCAUAGCCAGUGGCAUUGCUGUGGAUAAUAUGCACAAGUCGGAGACCUCGGGCAGUGCGCGCAACAAGGAUGAGCCCACGCCCACGGGCAAGCUGAGCACUAUUUCCACGUCCCAUCAGGUCUGCUAUGCGACGCUGCAGACUCAGGUAGUUGUGCCCAUUCCUCUGCAUGUGACGCCUACAUUUCGCACGGAUCUGGUGGAUGUUAAGUGGCGUCUGCAUUUUGAAUUUGUCACCAGCACCCUGAUGGACUUUGGCACACCGAAUCCUGCGUCCGGCGAGCUCAAGGCGCCCGCCGAGCUGCCAGUCGAGACAAUGGUGUGGAACUUGCCUGUUACAAUUUACGCGGCGAAUCCGCUGCAGAUAUAUGCGCCGAAUCAAACAUAUAAUCUCUUGAUUAAGUAAUUACAUAAAUAUACAUUGUUGCUGUAAA